GGCCGCCGGCACUGGAUUGCUCCUGUCUGGCGGCGGCAGCAUGGCGGCGGGGGCGGCUGAGGCAGCUGUAGCGGCCCUGGAGGAGGUCGGCUCAACCGGGCAGUUUGAGGAGCUGCUGCGCCUCAAAGCCAAGUCUCUCCUUGUGGUCCAUUUCUGGGCACCAUGGGCUCCACAGUGUGCACAGAUGAACGAAGUUAUGGCAGAGUUAGCUAAAGAACUCCCUCAAGUUUCAUUUGUGAAGUUGGAAGCUGAAGGUGUUCCUGAAGUAUCUGAAAAAUAUGAAAUUAGCUCUGUUCCCACUUUUCUGUUUUUCAAGAAUUCUCAGAAAAUCGACCGAUUAGAUGGUGCACAUGCCCCAGAGUUGACCAAAAAAGUUCAGCGACAUGCAUCUAGUGGCUCCUUCCCACCCAGCGCUAAUGAACAUCUUAAAGAAGAUCUCAACCUUCGCUUGAAGAAGUUGACUCAUGCUGCCCCCUGCAUGCUGUUUAUGAAAGGAACUCCUCAAGAACCACGCUGUGGUUUCAGCAAGCAGAUGGUGGAAAUUCUUCACAAACAUAAUAUUCAGUUUAGCAGUUUUGAUAUCUUCUCAGAUGAAGAGGUUCGACAGGGACUCAAAGCCUAUUCCAAUUGGCCUACCUAUCCUCAGCUCUACGUUUCUGGAGAGCUCAUAGGAGGACUUGAUAUAAUUAAGGAGCUAGAAGCAUCUGAAGAACUAGAUACAAUUUGUCCCAAAGCUCCCAAAUUAGAGGAAAGGCUCAAAGUGCUGACAAAUAAAGCUUCUGUGAUGCUCUUUAUGAAAGGAAACAAACAGGAAGCAAAAUGUGGAUUCAGCAAACAAAUUCUGGAAAUAUUAAAUAGUACUGGUGUUGAAUAUGAAACAUUCGAUAUAUUGGAGGAUGAAGAAGUUCGGCAAGGAUUAAAAGCUUACUCAAAUUGGCCAACAUACCCUCAGCUGUAUGUGAAAGGGGAGCUGGUGGGAGGAUUGGAUAUUGUGAAGGAACUGAAAGAAAAUGGUGAAUUGCUGCCUAUACUGAGAGGAGAAAAUUAAUAAAUCUUAAACUUGGUGCCCAACUAUUACGGGGUCUGGCUCUGUCACCCAGGCUGGAGUGCAGUGGCACGAUUAUGGCUCACUGCAGCCUCGACUUCUCGGGGCCAAGCGAUCCUCCUGCCUCAGCCUUCUGAGUAGCUGGGACCACAGGCGUGCACCACCAUGCCCACCUAAUUUUUUUUAUUUCUUGUAGAGAUGAGGUCUCCUGCCUCAGCCUCCCAAAGUGCUGGAAUUUACAGGUAGGACCACCACACUUGGUCCACUUACUUAUAAUAAACAUUGAUUUGGUCCUUCAAGUUC